UAUUUGCAAUUGCUCCACUACUACUAUGUCUGCUCCAGCUGUGUUAAAGAAGUCCGGUGUCAUCUACGGUGACGACGUCAAGGAACUUUUCCUCUACGCCCAGGCCAAGGGCUUUGCUAUCCCAGCCAUCAACGUCACUUCGUCGUCGACAGUUGUCGCUGCCUUGGAGGCUGCCAGAGACAACAAGUCUCCAAUUAUCUUGCAAACUUCCCAAGGUGGUGCUGCCUACUUUGCCGGUAAGGGUGUUGCCAACAAGAACCAGGAAGCCUCGAUUGCCGGUUCGAUCGCUGCUGCCCACUACAUUACCUCCAUUGCCCCAACCUACGGUAUCCCCGUUGUGUUGCACACUGACCAUUGUGCCAAGAAGCUCUUGCAAUGGUUCGACGGCAUGUUGGAAGAAGACGAAAAGACUUUCGCUGCCACCGGUAAGCCUUUGUUCUCCUCCCACAUGUUGGACUUGUCAGAAGAAUCUGACGACGAAAACAUCGCUACCUGUGUCAAGUACUUCAAAAGAAUGGCCAAGUUGGGCCAAUGGUUGGAAAUGGAAAUCGGUAUCACCGGUGGUGAAGAAGACGGUGUCAACAACGAAAACGUCUCCAAGGACGCUUUGUACACCUCUCCAGAAACCGUCUUCAAGGUCCACGAAGCCUUGGCUCCUAUCUCGCCAAACUUCUCCAUCGCUGCUGCCUUCGGUAACGUGCAUGGUGUCUACAAGCCAGGUAACGUCCAAUUGAAGCCAGAAAUCUUGGGUGACCACCAAGCUUACGCUAAGAAGCAAACCGGCUCUUCCUCUGCUCAUCCAUUGUUCUUGGUUUUCCACGGUGGUUCCGGUUCUACCCAGCAAGAAUUUGACACCGCCAUCAAGAACGGUGUCGUUAAGGUCAACUUGGACACUGACUGUCAGUACGCCUACUUGACCGGUAUCAGAGACUAUGUUUUGAACAAGAAGGACUACAUCUUGUCGCAAGUCGGUAACCCAGACGGUGAAGACAAGCCAAACAAGAAGUACUUCGACCCAAGAGUUUGGGUUAGAGAAGGUGAAAAGACCAUGUCGGCCAGAAUUGCCGAAGCCUUGGCAAUCUUCCACACCAAGGACCAAUUGUAGGUUUAUAAUUCUUUAUGUAUUUAUUGAAUGAGUUCUAGGAUAU